AUGGUGGUUCCGACGAUAGCUCUUUACGCGACUCCACCCAGCAGUGUGUGCUCAGCUCCUCACUCCUGCCAAAUCAACUCUCACGCAUCGUACGAUUUCGAUGUUAACGGCCGGUCAACGUCGUCUGCCUCUGCCUCUGCUUCAGCAUCUCCGUCUCAAAAAUCCAUUGUCGGGGGCCUCUCCUGCUUGUUUUCAUCUCCAGCAAUGAAAUCCUCGAGUUAUUCUGGUGGACCUGAGGAAUCAGGGUCCUUAUGGCACGACAGGGCAGAGGAAUUGAGCUCCUCUUUUAGAUAUACAUCUUUAAAGCGAGAUCAAUUACAUCACAGCCCGGUUUCGGUGUUUCAGGGCCCAACAACUAGUACAAUUGGAUCGAGUUCUCGAAGCUCACCCGUGAGAAUUAGCGGGGAAUUGCAUUCAAUAAGGUCUGGGAGUACAGGUUUAUUCGGUAGGUUCGUGAGGCGCUCGUUGAAUUCUCUCGUGGAUUAUGAUUCUUCACCUACGGGUUUUGACGUAAAGCAUCUCGAUCCUUUUGUCUCAUCGAAUGUAUUGGCAGAUGAGCUCACGUUUAACAUGGAGGAUAAUUUCCCAGAGUUGGAUAUUCUGCCUUAUGCUAAAGACUUGCUUUAUGAUGCUCAGUCGAGGCAUACAAUUUUCCAGGAUGAUUUUGUUAUUAAGGCGUUUUACGAAGCUGAAAAAGCUCACAGAGGCCAGAUGAGGGAAAGUGGGCAUCCUUAUUUGCAGCAUUGCGUGGAGACGGCAGCUUUGCUGGCUACGAUUGGGGCUAAUUCUACAGUUGUUGCAGCAGGGCUUUUGCAUGACACGGUUGAUGAUUCUUUUAUGACUUAUGAUUAUAUUUCGAAGACAUUUGGAGCUGAGGUUUCUGACUUGGUUGAAGGGGUGUCUAAAUUAAGUCAAUUAAGCAAGCUUGCACGGGAUAAUAACAUUGCCAGUAAAAGUGUGGAGGCAGAUCGAUUGCAUACCAUGUUCCUUGCAAUGGCAGAUGCAAGGGCUGUUCUGAUUAAACUGGCUGAUCGAUUGCAUAACAUUGUGACUUUGGAUGCAUUACCUAUAAUUAAACAACAUAGGUUUGCUAAGGAAACUUUGGAAAUAUUUGUUCCACUAGCCAAUCGAUUAGGGAUCUCUAAUUGGAAGGAGCAGCUAGAAAACCUCUGUUUUAAACAUCUGAAUCCAGAUCAGUACCAGGAAUUAUCAUCAAAACUUGUGAAGUCCUUUGAUGAGGCUAUGAUUACUUCUGCUGUAGAAAGACUAGAGCAAGCUUUGAAGGAUGGGGCCAUUUCUUAUCGCUGCCUGUCAGGGAGACACAAGAGCUUGUAUAGCAUCUAUUCCAAAAUGUCAAAAAAGAAGCUGAAUAUGGAUGAAAUUCAUGAUAUUCAUGGGUUGAGAUUGAUUGUUGAAACUGAGGAAGAUUGUUAUAAAGCUCUGAGAGUUGUACACCAGCUGUGGUGUGAAGUGCCUGGGAGGUUCAAGGACUACAUCUUACAUCCCAAGUUUAAUGGGUACCAAUCACUACAUACAGUAGUAAGAAGUGAGGGUAUGGUUCCCUUUGAAGUUCAAAUUCGAGCAAAAGAUAUGCAUUUGCAGGCAGAGUAUGGAUUUGCUGCACAUUGGAGAUACAAGGAAGGUGACUGUAAACACUCUUCGUUCAUUCUUCAGAUGGUUGAAUGGGCACGUUGGGUCAUCACCUGGCAGUGCGAGGCUAUGAAAGAGGACAGCUCAUCGAUUGGCUUUGUUGAGUCCUUGAAGCCACCUUGCACAUUCCCUAUACAUACUGAGGAUUGCCCGUUUUCUUGCAGGCCUCAGUGUGCAUCUGAUGGACCUGUCUUUGUAAUCAUGAUUGAGAAUGAAAAGAUGUCAGUUCAAGAGUUCCCAGCAAACUCUUCUGUUAUGGAUUUCCUGGAAAGGGCUGGUCAAGGUAGCUCUAGAUGGACACCGUAUGGAUUCCCUCUUAAGGAGGAGCUAAGGCCUCGGCUGAACCAUGAACAAGUCAAUGAUCCCACCUGCAAGCUAAAAAUGGGCGACGUAAUUGAAUUAACUCCGCCCAUACCAGAUAAGUCUUUAACAGAGUGCCGGGAAGAGAUACAGCGCAUGUAUAAUCGUGGUGUUACUAUAUCAAGCACAGUGCCUGCUGCCAGUACUAUGGGUAGCUUGAGAAGUUGA